CCGCCCUAGCAAGAUUCCAUUGCCGUAUUCUCACAAUUUAGAACUCCUCUCUCUGGUAAUUCCAAGCUGGAAAAAGGCUUCGCAGAAGCUGUGGUUCAAUACAAGCUAUGAAUUCCAUGUGCGCUUUCAUAACCAGUUGGUUCACACCCGGUUCUCUCUUCCUCCUCCUCAACCUCAUCAUCGCCACCAUCGUUCUCAGCUCCCGUUUCGGAUCUCAGAGAAGACAGGAACAGCAGCAAUUCAAUCAAGUCCCGUCCUUUCUCGGCCAACUCAAGUCCAUCAACUUCUCCCUCCACAAGUUCGACCAACCCAACGCAGACCCAGUGACCGAUCACUUUGAUCUCCAACCCCGGGGUCCCGAGCACGUCAACACCUCGUGCCCCGUUUCUGAUUGUCCUCCGCCCCAAAUCGCCCGGUCUCCUUCCAUGUUGGAACGCCUCAAGUCCAUCAACCUCUCCUCUCUCUACCGAUCCGACUCAUCCGCAAGGGAAAGCGAAGUUCGUCACCCUACGGAUCUGAACUCGAACGCUGACCAUUUGGUGAAGCGGAGCAAGUCGGACAAGGGUCUCGGAGCUCCGGAAAGGCCGUUGGAGAAGAUAAAGAAGUCUGCGAGUGAGAAGUCGCCGGUGGGGAGCUCCGAGGAGAAGGAGACGACGUCGUUGGAGGAGGACGAAGAGGUGGACAUGAAGGCCGAUGAUUUUAUCAGCAAGUUUAAGCAGCAGCUGCGGUUGCAGCGGCUCGACUCUCUUCUUCGUUACAGGGACUUGCUUAAGAGGAAUUAAUUAAAUUAAAUCGAUAGUAUUAUAACUUUUCCUUUUGCGCUUUCAGCCGAUUAUACCCAAUACUUGUUGGUCUCCCAUGUCAAGAUCGUGACGGUAUUUCGGUCAUUUCAUCCCGUAGUGGAUAACAGAGCAUGGAGCUGUUAGCUAGAAGCUUAGGGUCCGGUGUCUGGGUUGAGCUGAGGGGCUCAUGUUAUGUAGUCUUUUUAGUGCUUUAGCUUGUGUUCCUAGAUGGGCCAGUUGAGCCGUUAGCGUUAUAGUUUGCUUUUGUUAGUUGGCCAUGGCCUUUACGCGUAGGCUAGUCUAUGUUUUCAUGGAGUAUAUAGAGGAAGGUGGAGAGAUUAUGUAUGUUUUCUGAAACUAUUAGAGGAAUUGGGAGCCUCGAACAUCCCAAACCGUAUUUAUAUUUCUGAA